UCUUCACCUACCCCACCAUCAUGGCAAAUCUUCACAAGCAAAUACCUUCAUUCAUAAGAAUUGCCGGACACUCCCUAAACAUUCUUUUUUUCUUUCUCUCUUUUCCUUCAUUUGCCUCGAGAGCAUCUCGCAGCGUCUGCUCUCGGCAGACUCCGCUCCCGCGGAUGUUUGGCAUUCAUUCGUACCACGGUAUGGUAUUCGUACACACCUUCCCAUCGAACUACAACCGACUGAUGGUUUGUCCAUUCAUCGGCAGUCUAGUUUCGGCCGGCAGCAACGAAACAGCGAAUGGUGCACGGAACCGACAGACUGACCGUAACCUGCAAAGUAACGCUAUCACGCAGUAACGCUUGUCUGUGUAUCGAACAGUGUGUGCUAAAGCGUGUAAAGUGAAAGAAAAGCACAAUAAUUUACUAAUCGGGUUUGUUUCUUUAGUAUCAUAACAAUAAAAUUAAAACCCAAAUCACUUCACUUGUGGUGGAUUGUCUUGUCCUAGUUUUUGUGUGAUGCUGCCAGACAGACGACUGUUUGUGAUUAGUUAACAUGUUGUGUUAAUCUUCUUCCAGUCCCUCAGUGUGUUCAGGUCCUUCUGUCUCCAAACAAGCAUCGUUGACAAUUUGUUGCGCUUCAGCCAAACAAGUAGUGUUAACUAGCGUUUAGCUCGAUCGAUCGAAAGCAAGUGUUCAUCUACGGUGAAAGUCGAUACUCAAUGGCAGAGAAAAUGGUUUGAAAUGGUUGCUGGUUAAAAAUACCCUUCAGCGUCAUACUGCUCUUCUUACUACCAGUGUAUUCCACUAACUUGACUGUGAACGAUCCAAUAUUGGUAAAGUCAAAUGCCAAACAUAACCACCUAAGUGAUCGUGCAAGAUCGCUAACGCAUUAGUUGCAAAAACAAAUAAACAUUUUAUUUUCUGUUCUUCAACAACAAGAAAAAACAAACCUCACCAAAACAGGUGUGAAAACAAACACAGCCAAACCAUCAUGUUUUCCUUAUGCGCAAAACCUGCCAACGAGUCCGCCAGGACGUCACAGCAUCUGCAGAACGUCACCUGUAAAAGCUGCAACUCUACGGUCGGAAAACAGAUCAAAGGAGGCUACCUGCUUCGAUACAAAAAACAAGUCCUGUGGAGUCGCUGGUCGGAAGAAUGGGUUGUGCUGUAUGAUGAUUCCACAAUGGCGUGGUUCACGGAACCGGGUCGCUCGUCACCUGCCGGGAAAAUUCUAGUCAAAGAGGCACCGGAAAUGCUUGCGAUUGCACACUGGACCGGUCAGAUACCAAGGCGGCCCCCACUCCCGGAUGGCGUCAGUGUGUCGCAGCUAAUCGCGCUCGGGUCGCGCCGGAAGCGCUCCAAAGUGUACUGGAUGAUUGCGAAAUCGGAAGAGGAAGUCAGCGAUUGGAUAGCUGCCAUCACCAAGACGCUCCCACCGCCACCACAGAUCGAGCUGGUCGUCGAUAAACCACACCUGAUGGGCGUACUGCGAAGACCGAUUGUACGGAUACGACCUGCUACCAGCUCGGAGGUGUCGGCCAGGCGGAAAAAUCGACACACCAUCGAGCAUAACACGACGAAGGUGAAGGGCGAGGCAGCCGUGGCAAUCAUCAAGAAAAACGCACAGGACACUACGGACCCGAAAGGAUCACUGGCGUGUGCCCUACCCUGGGGCCAUGGUUGGGGUUGGGCGACCCUACCCAAUGGCAUCUGGAGUGGUGCACUCACUUGGUCGCAGUGCGAAGAUUCGAUAACGCUGCACGCUCUUCCGACGACUCACUGUACCAAUAUGAUAGAAACACCGUGUGCCGGCGGUAUCUACCACACCGACAUCGGACCGUUCGAUUUGCACGGCAUCGAAGACGUUGGUGGUGAAGACUUUGACUACGCAAUGGACUGUGGGGAUUUCAUCUUUUAAAGGCCAUUUUGCGUGUGCGAGGGCAUCGGUAUCAUCUUAAAACCGUUCGAUGUGUCCAGACGCAUCAUCAACAAUGUCACUAGCCUGUUGUUACACAUGUUUUAGAAUCGAAUAUUUUACAGUGCGCAAAGAUAGAUGCCAUGGUGAUACCGGAAUACACUUAACAACCCUUGUGAACGUGAAGCUUAACAUACAACCCCAGUACAGUAAAAUGAUCUGGUGAUCCAAAAAUCCAAAAAAGUAUCCACCGAUAGUGUGCUAACAGCUAGCCGAACCGAGAACGUAAAACAUAGAACCGCCUUCAGCAGCAAUAGAAUAAUCGUUCGAAAAAACAACAUGCAAACCUUAUCCGUGUAGCCUUGCCGAACUUUGUGUGGGUUGCUGAUCGCGUGCUGAUCAGUAAACGUGAGCCCCCACGAUGGACAGUUGUCCGAUGUAGUUGUAAUGCUUGUAAAUGUCGUUUGUAUAGAUUGUUGCAGAAUUUAUAAAAUCUGUAAACAUCGAUACCGAUCGAUGUCGGUAUUCGUAAACCCAUUAGUGUGUGUGUGUAUGGAUGUGUACGGAGUGAUAUUGAUUGAUGGAUUGAUGUACUGUCUGUUCUUCCCUACAGUCAGCACAUGGACAGGAGAGGUGCAUUAGAGGUGUAACGCUACCACACCGUUACAGCAUGUAAACAGCAGGGCAACCACAAAAAAAUAACUCCCAGUGGUUAGCGCACCUUGUGUCGAAAAGGGAGGGUUGAAACCGAAAUUUGUAAUAAUUUUUUGUAACAAGUGUUUAGCAAAGCAGUGGCAAACUCUGCCAAUCUCUCCCCCCCCACACACACACAUACACGAAAACAAAAACAAAAAACAACUAAAUUAGUAAUGAAUCAGUAUUGCCUUCCUAAACAUUUAGACAAAUUAUCGGGUAGAAAAGUUCGUAAAAACGAUCAAUCGUUUGAUACUGUAGCAUCCAGAAGCAGUUGCAACAUACAAAUGUAUGCAAAUUACCAAAAAAAAACAAAACAAAACGAAUUUUCGGUAAAAAAAAACACGAUCAAGCGUAAUAAGGGUGGACGGAAACGAAGAAUCAAAAGUAGAUUUUAAUGUACCCAAAAACCUGGUAAGAAUUGAUAAAUUAUUUACCUCUCUCUCUCUCUCUCUUUCCCUCUGUCUCUUGUGCUACCUUUCUCCCCGUUUCUGGAAACGAUGUUUUAUUGAUGAUAGAAAUUUAAUCAUGUUGCAGGAUGAGAUUUUUACGAUAGAAUAACCAAAAAACAAAAGAGAAGAAGCGAUUAUUUAUCUCCGUUUCAAUUCCGCGCGUGUGCUCGAUGCUAGCAGCAAAUCGGAAUGUAAUAGGAAUAUUUUACCAUUGAUAAACCGAACUCAAUGAUCCAUAUAGUAUAAUGAUUUUAGAAAUAUUAUAACAAUCGUACGGUGGAUAAGAAAUUUUUUACUGAUGUAAACAUAACAUAACAAAGCGUACAACACAAAUCCAAAGACCAAUUAUCAAUUAUUCGAGUGUAUAUUUUUUAAAAACUCUUUCUUUCGAACGAUAUCAUUCUUACCUACAAUUUGUAGCCCUGUGACUAGUUAUCGGUGUGGCACACAGUGAUUAGCCGAUUAUUAGCAUUAGCGAUCGGCGCCAUUAUUGUCAGAACGUUUGUGGUAAAGCUUAAAUUCUACAUUAAACGUAACAACGUGUGUGUGUCCAUCAGUGCAGUGAAUGGGCAGUGAAGAACUCCAUUUGCUGGAAGAUAUAUUUGGAUGCCACAUUUGAGCACCGGGAGCGUUUGGUUUUUUGGUAAACACAAAUCGUUACUACCCCUGGUAGUAGUUGAAACUAAACCGCCACCAAACAUCCAUCGACCGAAGGGAUGGUUUGUUGGGGGCAUGCGUUUUUCAAAACAACUUAAGAGACUGGUAAACCGACGAUGAUAACACCUUCUCAACUAGUGGUAGAUGAACAAAUGUUGAAAAAAAAACAAUACCGGUAACAUUUCGAGAUAUAUGUAAGUUUCAAACCGCGUUAAGCUUAGAGUGCACUUAGAAGACUGCUGUCCUCCAAUUGGGAUGAGGCCAUCAGUCUUCUGUGCGGGUCGCUGGGAGGCAUAUUUUUUUAAGUCAAAUAAUAUACCAAUAACCAAUGCUACAACACUUCCUACCUAGUCUCCCCCCCUGGAUAGAUGAUAGAUCUGUAUGGGUAGUCAGUGUUCUAUUUGUCGAACGCGGACGCAAACACAGAGCAGCGGUAGCUUAAGAUAAAUAAUGAGAAUACAUACACAAUACGGGUAGUAUCUAGCAAUCCACUAAACUCCGACGUACGUAGAUCGGACAUCACUUUUUGAGUAUCAAUUUUUUUGUGCAAUCCAAACGGCGUGUAACUAAACCAUAGUCGUGCGGAAGUAUUUAUUGCCCGGAACAGCGAAUGUUCGGCAGUACGAUUGCACUAGCAGCAGCCCGGGGAUGAGAAAGCAGUAGCACAGCGAACUAUUUCCACCAUAAUCAAGCUCCACAAGCUCAGACAAUUCAUAACGAAUGACACCCGAAUGACCCCGAACAAUAAUAAUAGUUGUUAGACGAAGCUCAACAUAAGAUGGCAAAAAUGGCGUAUUAAUCACUUUAGAAGAAAACAUAAUAGUGCGGUUAGUAGCAUUACGAUGUAUCAGUGUCACCCAAUUUACCGAAUAACAAAACGUACAAGCGUUAGGGCGUACAAUCCAUUAUAAGCUAUCCAUUAACAACAAAAAAAAAACAUACAAAAGUCAACCAAAUCGUGUUUAGCCUCUAAUCACCUACAAUAGCCGGUGAUGUGAUAUAUGAUACAUCACAUCCAACAUCAAACAAAACUGUGGAACUAGUUACGAAACAAUCAUGAAUGUACUAGGUAACACACGAACACCUCCCGUAACGUGUGUAACGACAACAAGCGAUCGGAAAGCAAAAGCAAAAAAAAACCAACGCAUUAUUAGUAACCAAUCAGUAACUGUUUUUAGGUCAUGUUUCAACUCGAUGUUUAAAACUUAUCGACAGUUUUAGAAACGGUGCGUCCGAGCAUUGGAAGCACACAGUAUAAACACGGUUGCGUUACCGUAAAACAUAACGCUAUACUUAACACACGGUGUUAGCCACUUACGCAACAUACUCAAACAAACAAACAAAACCACAUAUUUGCCUAGAGGAAACGUCAAAAAAACGGGCGUUAAACUAUGGACGUUUUCAUUGUAAACCCGGGGAUUGGGGAACUAAUGGUACACCCGCUUUAUUCCCGGCAGGUAUAAGGAUCAACUCCCAUGCUACAACAAAAAAAAACAAAAACGAACGCUGGUCGAUCGUUUCUUCGUGUGCGGAGUUGAUAAUUAAAAUUUGUUGAUUGUCGUUAAAACUGAAUGUUUGUGAUGUCUUGCGCAUAUAGAGCACUAAUCGUCGAUGUUCAACCAAUGGUCACCAAAGAAAAAAAAACCAUGGGUAUUUGGAAAUUUAACACAUACACACACACACAAACACAAACUUUGUUAGCCUUUGGAACCAUCGUGUAAAAUGGCGGGCGUGUAAACGCAACCGCAUAACGCAUGGUGGAAGUUUUUUAAAACAAAUACAGUAACGCCGUAACGCUUACAAUGAAUUUUACAUCCUUCAAAGUAAAAACAAAAAACCACCCUUUUUCCUGGAAGAUUCCAAGAUUGCCCCAUGCAAGGGUGCUGUUGAGCAGCGUCCCACCAACAAGGAGAUAGUAUUACCUACCGCCUCCCCAACCCUCGUAGUCCAAUUUUUGCACCCGUCCAUCCGAGUUUGUGACCUACCCAACGAUGAAUUAAUUAAUGUGUCCUGUUACCGACGACACGCGCUGUCAGUGACUCGGUUCUCGUCUACAUAUUGACCCCGAUUGCCUGCAUUGGAAACUUUCAAACUUACUAUCAAGCACACACAGCUCGGCGCGCUAAAUAACGUCCUUCAUUUACUAACGAAGUGGAUCGAAAGUGGUAAGCACUGACACAGAAAACUUACUAUUGUUUAUUAGACCACGGGUUUAUUAGACGCCGGAUUGUCACCGAACAACAAGAAAACUCCAAUUGUUCUAACACCCCCCCGUACCCAGGCCCGGUAAUUGAUUACUUUGCCACCACACACAAUCGUCAUUUUGUUAUCAAAUAAAACCAAACCACUUAUUAGAAGAAAACAACCAAAA